AUGGACAUGGCUGCGAAGGACAAAGCUGAAAGGAGCGAGGCCGAGGCAAAGGCCGGCAGUAUUCUUGGGAGAAUGAGGAGCGACUCCGAAAAUGAAACGACUGACGAACGUGCGCCUCCAGAGAGCUUCUGCAUCUGCGCAGCUCGUGCUUCGCGGGAGGUUGUACAGUGCAUUGGAAGGCGCAACGGUGUCUCCGAAGAUUCAACGAGAGAAAAGAGACACCCGACCGAGUCCAAAGAGAAACGCGGACGACUCUUUGCGUUACUGGAGGAAAUCGCUUUCGACCGAGAAGGCUUCCUCUGCAGCGCUUUUCGCGCCGUCCUCUUCCCGAUCCUCACUGGCUGCGCCUCGCCGUCGCCCACUGCCUUAAGACUCGUCGCCUUUCUCCGUGCUCGCCAGUUAGUGCUUCGCAGAAACGACAGAGACGAAGAGGCUGCGGGAGAAGAAGCGCGCUGCAUGCAGAGCGAGAGGAAGGGUCUCAAAGAGAAGCAGCGAGGGAGCAAGGAAGGCUGGGAGAGUCAGUGCAGCAGCGCAAGAGAAGAAGGUGAAGGGGACAAGACCAGGUGGGGUGUUGGAGACGAGCGCGAGAAAGUGUCUGUACAGUCGAAUCCAAUCGAAGCAGACGGCGGCGAAGGCGAAGAGAAGACGUCCUGGGUCCUUGUUUGCCGCAGAGGGCGCCGGCGGGAGACAAUGAUCGGUGGUGGGGAGAAAGAAGGUUCGGGGACUGCGAGGAAGGGGGAACAAGAGGCGAAAACAAACUGGAAUGAACGGUAUGUCGGUCGAGAAUCCUUCGACGGAUCUCUGCGCGAUACGCUGUACAGGCACACUCUCGCAGCACUCCGUGUCUACUCGUUCCUCGUCUCUCCGGCUGUCUCUCCAUCGCGAAGAGGAGACAGACAUGCGGAGAGAAAGCCUCUCGCCGAGAGUGAAGAGGAGCAACUUCUGUUUUGCCUCCGACGCGUCGCAGGCGAGACGGCAGGCGCCGCGAUGCUGCUCUUUCUCCACGGAGUCCCCAGUUCAGGUGUCUCCUCGCCCUGCUGGCGCGCGCCUGCGUCGACCGCUCACCUGUCUGUCGAUUCUCAACGGAGGAACGAAGAGACAUUUCCGGCAGAGCGUCAUUCGCCAUCCGAAGGGCGCGAUCUUCUUGCGCUGCUCAGAGCGGCGGGAGUCCGGCGCAGCGUCUGGGACUUGAGUCCGCUGGUAGAGAAACUGAAAACGUCUUCUCUGCGCCGAACGCUGACCCGCGAGUGCCGCCUCGGAGACGACGCCUGGGAACAAGAAGGCGCUCUCUUCGUCUGUCCUGAGGAAAAAGAACAGAUUGCCAAGGACGUCGCUCGGUCCAUGCACCACUGGCGCCUCACUGUAGAGGAGCGAGGCGACGAGGGAGACAGAGACGGCGUGGAAGGUUCUUUGCGUGUCAACUCCGCAGGAAGAGCGGGGCCUGGAGAGGUGGAAGAACGGCGAAGACACAACGGAGACAGACGAGAAGUCGAGCCGAGUUGCGAAAGGAGCGAAGUGGAAGGCCAAGCCUCGGGGGGUGCCUGCGAAAGUCAUGAAGAAGAUGCUACAUGUCUCCGCGGGACGCUGCAAAAGAUUCUGCACUCGGUUGUUGCGCGGCACAGCGGACGGCUCUUCUACACCCAAGGCAUGCACGACGUCGCUGCGGCGUUGAUUCUCCUGCUUGUCAACGCCGGCAGAUUCGCGCUCUGCGGCCUCGAGUGGCAAAACGAAGUCUCUCUCUACGUCACGGACUCCGCAGAACGCAUGCGGCCUGGACCCUGCUCGUUUGCUUCUUCCUCUCCGUCGCCUUCCUCUUCUUCCUCUGCUCUGUCUUCUUCGUCUCCUGCCGCCGGUGUGCCUUCCGCGUCGUCGUCUGCGUAUGGCGAGGGCUGGGCGUCUCUGCCGCCGUGGGUGUCUCCGUCGAAAAGGUCUGUCUGCUCUCUUCGCUCGCGGCCUCCGGCAUUUCGCGCCUUUCUCUCGGAGCAGCCUGCACUGUUUGAGCACCUUGCUGACGUUGCGUUCGCGCUGACGGAGCGUCUGUGCGUCUUCCACCUGUGCGACUUCUUUGCGGCUUCGCUUGACGCCUCUCUCCUGCCGUCUCUCGCGCUGCUGUCCCUCAUCCUCAGACAACUCGAUCCGAGUCUCCAUGCUGUCUUCCUCGCUGCGUCACCCUCGUUUCUCCAAGACAAGUUCUCCCCGACCAGCGCAGACGAGUGCUCUUCCGACGAACAAGCCCAGACAAGCAGCAGGCAGAACGCCAACCAUCGAGGCGCGAAGAGAGGGAAGAAGACCGACGAGAACGAGAAGGAGAACCUGGAGGAGAACAAGAAGGAGAACCUGGAGGAGAACAGGAAGGAGAACCUGGAGGAGAACAGGAAGGAGAACGAGGAGAACGGAGAAGGGGGUGAGGACGAAGAUGUCGGGUGCAUGCAUUAUCCGUGUUCGACCGGGGCAGAGCUCCAACCGUGCACUUCGUGGUUGAUUACGAUUUUUGCGCAUUCUUUCUCGUCGCUCAAAAGUCUCUGUCGCGUGCUUGACUGCUCGCUGACGGCGCAUCCGCUGUUUCCUCUCUACUUCGCGGCGACCGUCCUCUCUCGUCAGAAAGAUCUCAUUUUUCGAGAGUUCGAAGAGGCACUCGCCUCGCCGCUCGUCGGCUACCUUCCCCCAGCUGUCGCGCACACCUUGGAGGCGCGGAGCGACCAGAUGCGGAGAGGAGACGAGACCCAAGGAGGGGAGACGCACAGGGACAUUCGGGGAGGAAAUCGAGAGACAGAGACGACACCCGGUAAACGCAGACUGGACGGAGGACUGGUUGCUCGCGUCCUCGUGGCAGACGAAAGGGAGAGGUGGAAGAAGCGAAAGGAAAUGGGGGCGGACGGCUCUGGCGGGGGGGCGAGGUGGAGUGAGGAAGCUGCGCAGAGAGGUGUACGUAAACUUGGGCGGGGAGGAGACAGCGAAAUGUCGCUGCUCGAGACGAUUCAAACCCACAUCGGAGACGACAUCUACUCCAGGCUCCACGCCUUGAUUCAAAACAUCGACUUCGACGCACUCCCGCUGAACGAGGUUCUCCGAGACACCUACCAAGCCCUUCGGGUGUAUGUACACCCUGAGCGGAUUCUGAGGGAAGCCAGGCUGCUGCGAAUCCGCCUGCCGCCCUUCUCGCCGGUCUACAACUUUCCGUAUCCAUGGAUGCUCGACGAGUCGAGUGGCCUCGCUGCAGCAGACUCCGUGAAGGAGAGGAGCUUUUUCGACAGACUGCAUGCAGAGCCUGCGUCGCCGCCGGGACUUGCUUCGGCACCGAGUCUGCAUACACCCGGCGUCCUGCCCUCUGCUUCCACGUCUUCUUUGCCUCUGUUUGGGGAGGCGCUCGGUGGCGGGGGACUCGCAAACUCCGGAGCCGGCAGGUCGAAGAAGCGAAAGAAGGUCCGCGACCGCAGGAGCGAACAUCGAGGAAAUUUGGAGAGCGUGCAUGCAAGAGAUGCUGGCGAGGACGCGUUCGUCCUUCGCACCGCACACUCCCUCGACUAUUCAGCUUCAGUUCUCAAGCAUCUUCCCCUUCCUGCCCAUCUCACGUCCCUCGGAAAAGAAGGAAACGAGGAAGCCAAGGAGGACGAGGAAGAAAGAACCGCGCAGGACAAGGAGGCAGAGAGGACAGGCGAACCAGACUGCAUCGCGAAGAGCGACGCUGGUGUCUCGUCCCCUCGCUUUUCACAACAGGGUGUCCGGGGCUCCGGUUCGAGUCUGCGCGAAAUGAAACCUGUCUCAAUAUCUAAACGAAAAAGGCGCAAGUCGCACAUGCUCCUUCCUUCAUCCGCUUCUUCCUCUUCGUCCUUCUCUUCUUCUUGUAUCACCUCGGCUUCCCAGCGGUGGAGAGCAGAAUGUGACGGCUCGUUGUCGGCCCAGAACGCGGCGGCCGACCCACCAUCUCGGCGCGUCGUUCCGCCGCUUUAUCUGUAUGUGCCAGUGCGUCCGCCCUCUCCUGCUUCCGCGUCGCACAAGGACGCGAAGGCCGAGAUCGGAGACAGAGAGAACCGCGGUCAGCGAGAGACGCGGCAAUUCUAUCCGUCGCGGUGGCGACGCCUGUCGCGCCUCGAGGCGCUUGCACAGAAGCCCAAGCGCUUGCAGGUGGAAGCCGAGGUGACGCGGCAACGGUGGCCCGGCGCGCGACGCCUGCUUCUCGCGUUUGCGCGACUCCUUGCUUUCCAGAGUCUCCGGUGGGAGAACCAUCUCGCCUUCUUUCGGAGACUCUUCGCUGUUCGCUGGGCUUCCCGCCUUCAGACCGACUCUGGAGAAGCCACCGGAGACACCUGCGAGCGCCGCCAGCUCCAGUGCGAGUGUGGGGAGAGAGGAGAGAACGGAGAGAGAGGAGAGAACGGAGAAAGAGGAGAGAACGGAGAGAGAGGAGAGAGAAAGGAGGGAGGAGGGGGAGCGGAGAUGGGGAAGAGUGCCGUGUCUGUCGGGUGUGGAGGCCGCGUGAGAAAGCGCAGAAGGAGAAGGGCGUUGGGUCUCGUUCAGACGCCCGGAAAGGACGAAGGUGGCGGGGAAAGGCGGCAGGGAUUGGGGACUUCGGAGAGUGUACGCACACCAGAAGGCGCACUGCUGCGAUUCUUCCGGCGCUGGUGGGAAGUUGCAAGGAACAGCAAGGAGAAACGAGAGCAGUUCGUGAGCCUUCAGGAGGGGGGGCGACUCAGGAGAGAACCAGAUGAAAAGAGCCAUCAUGCGGAGUCUCCUUUUGCUUCUCUUCGCGUUUCACUUGUUACUGUUGGAGUCGUCGGGGCCUUCUGUCUCCUCCUCGCUGUGGUUCUUCAGCAGAGAGGAGUGUCGCUCGGGCGUCCGUCUUUCGCGUCUUCCUUCGCCUCUCUCUUCCAGUUUUUCAGACUCUUUCUCUUUCGCUAGUCUCUCGGCAUGUGCACGCUUUCUGGGGAACAGUCCGGUGUCUUUCCUUGCCGAGCUUCUCUCUGUUUUCGCGGACCUCGGGAGGUGUGUUUUGUCUCCUCGUCGUCCGCGCGAAGCGCCUCGGAUCUUCUGGGUGUGC